AUGGCGUCAGCAUACGACCCCCCUCGCCCGCGCGGUGACGGCGGAGCUACAACGGACCAAAUUCAACAUGCUGGAUUUGGAGGCGCGCAUGAUGCUGUUCAAGGUUACCCGCUCCCCGGCCUCGGCCGCCUCUUGGAGCCGUUCGGCAAAUGGGAAAUCCAGCCGAACGAGUAUCUACAAAUCAAGGUGGUCGUCAAUAGGCCUUGCCAUAAUGGCAUUCAGUUCAACGGUCCCUGCGAUGUGAACUCGGAAAUCGAUUCCACGAUCAAGGUGAUGCACGAGAACAUCGUCCAGACCGACCAACGUGGUCAUGGUCUGAAUCGCCUCGAGGAUGCGACAGGUGGCCUUGCGGACUCGGCUGGUGACUUCCGGCGCGGUACCAACCGUUUGCGGAAGAAGAUGUGGUGGAAGGACAUGAAGAUGCGCAUCUGGCUGGGUGUCGGUAUUGUUGUCCUUCUCGCCAUCAUCAUCAUUCCAGCAGUGGUCACGUCGAGGUAA